UUCAGUUAUCUCCGGACAGGCCAUUGACGAGCAACACAUUCCAUCCUCUCUUCCCAAAAUCAUAUUCGGCAUCUCGAUUUAACCGAUUUUUAUCGGUUAUUAAAUCUUCUUAGUGAUUAUUUAAGCGCGCCGGCUUAAAUGUGCCGUCUCCAAGUGUACGCGUUCACCGAGUCCAAGUUAUCUUAGCGUCGUCGCACAUUUCGGGAAGUCGCAGAGAAGCCACCGCGACUUAUUUAGAAAAUCAUCCAGAUCAUCACGGAUUGCGCCAGAUGAUAAGCGGAUCGCCGAGAUUAACGUCGGCGAUAAUCUUCUUGCGACACUCGACCUCUCCGAGCUCCUCGCAUGUGGCCCCUGAAAUUCUGACGAGAACUACUCAUGAGACGACGCAUAACGGCAUUAUCAUCGUGGAAUAUCUUCAAAGGAUAGAAGAGACGAGAAAGGGCGAAGUAUGACGAAGCCAAAGAUGUCGGCCCUGGUGGCCUCCGCCAUUCGCAAUCUGCGGGAAAUUCGUGGUUCCACGUCAAAGGAAAUCAUGAAUUACAUUAAAUCCCAAUACACGGGGUCGGACGCCAACAUACAAAAGCAGAUAUACGCUGCGUUGAAACGCGGCUUGGACUACGGUAUCCUGAAGAGGGACCGUGGUUAUUACAGCCUGAGUACGGAUCCUGACAUGAUGUACAAAGCGCCCGUGGCGCCCUUGGAGCAAGGCAGGAGACGAAGGAGGCGAAGGAGGCGAGGACGUGGCCGUGGAGGGGAGGGGAGGGGCAGAGGCAGGGGCAGGGGCAGGGGCAGGGGCAGAGGUAGGGGCAGAGGAAGGAGGAGGAGGAGGAGAAGCAGAACCAGAAGCGGCGGGAGAGGAAGUCCUCCGGCUAGAACGAGGUCCCUCGCGGCAGCCAGGUGCAAAUGCGUCUCGUCCAGGAAGCGUACGGGGGACACCUUGAGAAAUUCCCCGGUGAUGGAGAAUCUCCGAAAGGACAUGACUUAUUUGUAUAAGAAGAGCGCCGACAACCAGACGCCGUCCAGACACCACAGCCGCAGCCGGGAUCGAAGUCAGUCGCGCAGCCUGUCGAGUAGCAGCGACAAGGAGAUGAUUGACGACCGAAAUCGCGAUCAGCCGUGAACAUCUGCACACGAAAAGAUACUGCGGAUCUUAAUCCUUCGCAGUCGUAUAUCGUUGUAUAUCCGCGUAAAAUUGACAUCAAAAUUUUAUAUAAAAUUGAAAAUUUUUAUUAGGUAUAUUAUACAUCAUUAUUAUAUUUUAUUAUUGUUUCGUAGAAUUCAAUUUGGAAUAGGAAGCAAAUUUUAUAAUCUUUUAAUCGGGGCUGCAAAGGAUUAAUCGUUCGACGCGGUGGUUAUUGAUCAGUGACGCGGGGAUAACUCUCACGAAUUUUGUCUUAUUUUGGCGAUAAAUUAUAGUGGUCCGAAAUGUACGUCGAUAGCGAAUCUUGUUUUGUAGUCUUCGACUUUUUACAAAUUUUAUAUGUUUCCUUUACACUAAGUAAUUAUACACUGUUGUAUCACCACAA